UGGCUGGUCGACGACUGGCGGCGAGUCGAGCCUCGUUGGCACAGAAAACAUGAAAGUGUACGCGAGUCGGACGAAAUGAAAGCGCGCUAGACGGUCGAAGGUAUAAGCCAGAGAUUUGACGGUACAAUAACAAUCGAAUUUGAAAACGCGAGGGAGCGACUGGAGUGCCAGAAAUCGAGGAGGGACCGCGACCCUGGGCGAAGGGUGCGACGUAGAGAGCCGGGAACCCGGACACGAGGAAGGGCGAGGACGGUCGGGAGCUCACUCUUUCUCGAAUUCGAAUCAAUUGGAAAUCUGUCGAAAAGGCUCCUGGACUCACGGCCCUGCCGCCCCGGAGAUGCCGUCGGAAUUAGUGCCCCGGGUUCACAGGUGUUUUGUGUCAACCGUGCAGGUGCCAAGUGCGGUUAUCAAUUGGUGAGAAUCACCUGUCGCCGCUUCCUAUCGCGACGCUUUAUUCCAGGCGGCCGCGUUUCAGUCGGGAUAGUGUGAACCAGUGCCUGCAGUGAUAACCGUCCUCUUCCAGCUACCGAUCACCCCGUUUCUUCGUCGCCGAGUAUAACAAACGGUGACAAUGAAACGACCGAUCGUUAUCUCGCGGUGGUCAGGAAUCUUUCUCGUUCUGUUAGCGGAGGUGACGUACUCGACCGAUUUGGCGAUCGAGAUACCGGGAAAUCUGAGUCAAGGGGACUCGUGGUACAGGCUCGAUUACAGUCCGGCGAUCGGUUAUCCGCCGCCGAACACGAGGAUAUCGUCGGAUGAAAUUGGCGACGAGAUCAAAUUCACGAACGUUCUUCCUGGUACAAAGUACGAGUUCUGGCUCUACUACAGCAACUCGACGCUCAACGACUGGCUCACGUGGACCGCCUCGAUAACUACAGCACCCGAUCCACCCUCGAAUCUCACGGUGACCGUUCGCAAUGGAAAAUCGGCUACCGUUUCUUGGGCUCCACCCGCGCAGGGAAAUUAUUCCGGAUUCCGACUGCGGGUUCAGAGUUUCAGUGACACGAGUAGUCCCAAGACAAGCCUUGUUCCGGCCGAUGUGGCCACCUAUACAUUUCAGGAUCUCAUACCCGGAGCUACAUAUUCUUUGCAGCUGUUUACCGUGCUCGAUGCGAACGAGAGCGUGGCCUACACGAGCAGGAACUUCACGACCAAGCCAAAUACACCGGGAAAGUUCAUCGUUUGGUUCCGAAACGAGACAACGCUUCUGGUGUUGUGGCAGCCGCCGUAUCCAGCCGGUAUAUACACCCACUACAAGGUGAGCAUCGAUCCACCGGAUGCGAUCGAGUCCGUUUUGUACGUCGAGAAGGAGGGCGAACCCCCGGGACCAGCGCAGGCUGCAUUCAAAGGCCUCGUUCCAGGAAGAGCCUACAACAUAUCGGUACAAACCGUGUCGGAGGACGAGACUUCGGCCCCAACGACCGCCCAAUAUCGAACAGUUCCGCUUCGCCCGUUGAACGUCACUUUCGAUAGAAGGUACCUGACUCCGACGUCUUUCCGAGUCCUCUGGGACUCCCAGAACGGGACGUCCGAGUUCGACAAGUACCAAGUGUCUCUGGCGACGAGGCGGCAGACUCCGGUCACCAGAAGCCGGGACGAUGAGAGAUGGCUCGAUUUCAAGGAUUUGGAGCCCGGAAAGACCUAUCAGGUGAUUGUAAAGACGGUGUCUGGCAAAGUCACCAGCUGGCCAGCGACCGGGGAUAUAACGUUGGAACCGUUACCUGUCAGAGAUCUCCGAGCUGUGACGGAUGAGCAGACCGGAAUGGUCGAGGUCUCCUGGACUCCAAACAACGCCAGCACUCAGGACAGCUACAAGCUUUCGUACGACGAAGUGGAAAGACUUACCGGCGAUACGACGUCUCUGACAGUCGAUAAAACGAAGGUAAAGGUGACGUUGGACGCGCUUCUUCCGGGUCGGAACUACUCGAUAAGUGUCCAGGCUAUGAGCAACAAGGCUGAAUCAGUUGAGUCGGUGAUAUACCAAGUGACCCGACCGGCCAGUCCGAUCAUCGAGGAUCUUAAAUCGAUCGAAAAGGGGCUGAACAUAUCUUGGAAGAGCGACGUAAACUCGCGUCAGGAGAAGUUCGAGGUUACUCACAACAGAAAUGACACCGGGGAGAGUACGACGACCUCGACUAUCGAGUCUCACAUCGAUCUAAAGGACUUGUUUCCGGGUGCAGGGUACGAAAUUCGGGUCGUCGCGAUCAGCCAUGGCCUCAGAAGUGAGCCCCACGUCCACUUUCAGGCUGUCCUCCCUCAUCCGCCGAAGAAUUUGAGCAUUGAGAAAGUGCGGAGGAACGGGGUCGUCGUACGGUGGGAGGCACCGACAGAUUCCAUGUUCACGGAAUUCGCCAUUCGUUAUCAAACCGAGGAUGAUACCACCUGGCAUGACGUGGCGAGCUUGAGCAAUACCGAAGCUGAAAUAGACGACAUGACACCCGGCGAACGGUACAUCAUCAGGGUAAACACGGUCAGCUUCGGGAUCGAGAGCUUGGAUUCGCUGCAAGUAAAUCAGACAAUUCAACCAAAUCCAGUACUAAACAUCACGCUGACUUCGGACUCUACCAAUGUUACCUUGGAAUGGCCGAGGCCAGAGGGCAGGAUAGAGACGUAUGUGAUAAGAUGGUGGUUGGUGAACGAUAGCGAUUCUAUUCGCACUAAGAACGUCACAGAGAGUACGGUUUCUGCUGCUGCUGCUGCUUCUGGUCCGAAGGAUGGUGUGCAAUUGAGGAAGGAACUGAUUGGCGAGUUGACACCAGGCAUGGAGUACUCGUUCUCGGUUUACACCGUGUCCUACAACCUGGUCAGCGACGUGACCAAUCUCACUACGAGAACAAUGCCGUUAAUCCAGUCCGAAGUCGUGGUUGUCAUCGACCAAGAUUACCCCGACUCAUUGACCCUCCUUUACACACCGACGCCAGUACAGUCGUCUCGUUUCGAUCUUUAUCGGUUCAGUAUCAGCGACUCGAACAACACCAUUAAAGAAAAAAUGGUUAACGAUACCGAGAACAAGGUGACAUUCAGCGGUUUGACACCGGGAAAAUUGUACAACGUAACUGCCUGGACGGUUAGCGAUAACGUCGAGAGUCAACCGCUACUCAGGCAGGACAGAUUAUUCCCUGAACGAGUGACGAGGAUACACGCGGUGAACAUAAACGAUACGAGGAUAACGUUGGAAUGGGAUGUGCCUCGAGGCGAAUACGACGCGUUCGAGGUGCAGUACAUAAGCACGGACGAAAGUCUGGAGGAGAGCCUGAUCCAAAACGUGACAAAUCGCAACUCGAUUACCAUAAACAAUCUGAGGCCUCAUCGCAAUUACACAUUCACGCUGGUCGUGAUAUCCGGAACCGAGUCGACCUUCUUGAGAAAAUCAAGUCCGGUAAGCGCCAGCUUUACAACGAGCGAAUCUUAUCCGGGAAAAGUCGAGGUGUUCCAACCUUCGAACGUCUCGCCAAGCGACAUCACCUUCGAGUGGUCCCUGCCGAGCCAGGAUCAGAAUGGAGUCAUUCGGAAGUUCAGCAUCACGUACGGACUGGAGGGCUCGACUCACACGCAAGUCAAGGACUUCAAACCGACCGAGUUGCAGGGCGUGAUCAAAUCGCUGAUACCAGGAAAGACGUACAUAUUUCGAAUCCAGGCGGAAACGAGGAUCGGCUUCGGGCCGGAGGUCGUUUGGAAACAAAAAAUGCCAAUUCUGGCGCCUCCGAAGCCUCCGACUCAGGUCGUACCCUCGGAGGUAUGCAGAAGCAGCACCACCAUCCAGAUACGUUUCAGGAAAAACUACUUCAGCGAACAGAACGGAGCUGUCACUUCCUACACCAUCAUCGUCGCCGAGGACGACAGCAAAAAUGCCUCCGGUCUGGAAAUGCCCAGCUGGAAAGACGUCCAAGGUUACAGCAUCUGGCCUCCGUAUCAGGUAAUGGAACCUUAUUACCCGUUCAAAAAUGGCUCCGUCGAGGACUUUACGAUCGGUGGAGAAAAUUGCGACGGUAAAACCGGCUACUGUAACGGCCCGUUGAAAUCUGGCUCGACGUACAAAGUAAAGGUCCGGGCAUUCACGGCUCCUGACAAGUUCACCGAUACCAGUUACAGUUUUCCCAUUCAGACAGGAUUACUAGUCGCAGACAAGGACAAUACGGCUAUCAUUGUCGGCGUUACGGUUCCAAUCGUUUUACUGCUGACAUUCUUAGGGCUCGGUCUGAUAAUAAGACGAAGGAGAAGUCAAGGUAGAAAAACGACGGAAACACGAGUUACCGACGAUCUAUCGUUGCCUGGAAGUGUAAUUGAGAUAAGCCGUCCAAUACGGGUGGAAAACUUCGCGGAUCACUAUCGAAUGAUGUCCGCGGAUUCCGAUUUCCGUUUCUCCGAGGAGUUUGAGGAGCUGAAACACGUCGGCAGAGAUCAGCCCUGCACGGCGGCCGAUCUACCUUGCAAUCGGCCGAAGAACCGCUUCACCAACAUCCUGCCUUACGAUCAUAGCAGGUUUAAACUGCAGCCAGUCGACGACGAGGAAGGUUCGGACUACAUAAACGCGAACUACGUGCCGGGUCACAACUCGCCGAGGGAGUUCAUCGUCACGCAAGGACCGCUGCAUUCGACGCGGGGCGACUUCUGGCGAAUGGUUUGGGAGAGCAAUAGUCAGGCAAUAGUGAUGCUGACGCGUUGCAUAGAGAAGGGAAGAGAGAAAUGCGAUCGUUACUUUCCCGAGGACACGCUUCCGGCAUACUACGACGAGAUUUGCGUCACUAUGCUGAACGAGUGGCAAUAUCCCGACUGGCGCAUAAGGAACUUCAUGUUGUGCAAGGGAAAAGUCGAGCGGGAAAUCCAGCACUUCCACUUCAUGACCUGGCCCGACUUCGGGGUUCCAAGCCCGCCGCAAACCUUGGCGAGAUUUGUGCGAGCUUUCAGGGAACGCGUUGGGCCCGAUCAGAGACCCAUCGUGGUUCACUGCAGCGCCGGGGUCGGCAGAAGCGGCACUUUCAUCACCUUGGACAGGAUACUGCAACAGAUUUUGGUAUCAGAUUACGUCGAUAUAUUCGGCAUUGUCUGCGCCAUGAGGAAGGAGAGGGUCUGGAUGGUGCAGACCGAGCAGCAGUACAUUUGUAUACAUCAGUGUUUGCUUGCUGUCUUGGAAGGGCAGGACAACAUCGGACCGAUUAGGGAAAUUCACGACAAUCAAGGAUUCGAAGGGAAGAACCGAAGCUCUGUUGAAAAUUCAAAGAAUCCAGCCGAGGCUGAGAAGGAAAGGUGACCUUCAGACUCUGGUCAUUCCUCCGACGAGGAUGACGAGGGCAUAGCUGAGUCGGGAAUGUAACGAGUUCGCCGAGCGGAUUGUUAUUUUUCCGUCAAAGAAAUCUCUCUUUUACGGUAUACCGCGGUUGGAUCAGCGAAAUGAAGAACGUCGAAGCGCGUCUCUUAGGGCACCCAAAGCCUGCUGUAAUAGGCCAGGGUCACGGUAGAAAAUAGUAAUUUAUUAUUAUAAAGAAAACUGCGUAGAUGUUUCAUCGGGCGAUGAGUUGAAACGAAGGAAAAUGACUGGUGAAAGAGGAAGCGUAAUAAAAGUGGAAGAAUUCGCAAACGUUGAUUAUGCUUUAGAUAUCGUCCGAUAUAGAGGUAUAUGUGAAUUCAGAAUUGAACAUAUCUGUGCUAUAUGUUGGCUGGUCCAAAUCAUUAUUCGUGUACAUAAAUUAUUAAUAUUUUUGUUGUUUUUAUUUCUCUAUUAAUAUCAAUAAUUAUAGAAUGAGUAUAUAUGUAAUCGAUUUUAGUUAUGUAUAUUGAUAAGUUUUAUAAUGUGUGACUUUGGACGAGUGCUGGAUAUUUAAAAGAUAAAAUGGAAAGGAGGAAAAAAAAAUUUAAUAUUCAUACUCGUAGAUGCAGCUUAUUCGGUUGUUACCUGUUUAUUGGCAGCUGAAUUUUUAUCUUUCGGCAACAGGUUUUGUUUCUUAUACUCAUUUCUCUCUCUCUCUCUCUCUCUUUCAAUUACACGGAAAUACGAACGUCGAGAAUCGCCAUUGACUAGGUAUCGCAUAAUACGGGGUAGAAUAAUUGUCUUAGCUGAGUUCAGAAUUCACGUAAUUUAAUAUGGUUCUAUUAUUAUAAUGAUACACAAUUACGAGUGAUAAUUAUAAGUAAUAUUUUCACAGCCUUUGCUUAAUGUCAUUGAUGGCUCGGAUAAAAAUUCGAUCUGUGAAAUCUUAAUGCCGCGAUAGUGAAAACCGGUGUGUAACGUAUUUUUUUUUUCACGAAUAUAGAUAGUGCAAAAAAUCGGCAUCGAACUGUUGUGGAAAAAUUUUAAUCCACGCGAUAUACCGAAUAUGCAACGUUCAAAAAAUUAAUUAAGAUCCGUCCAAGAGCCAUAUUAGACAAGCUAUGUAGAACGUAAGUAUUUAAAAAGUGUCGAGAAAGGUGAUUAAAGGAGAAGAGGGGUGAAAAAAAAAUAACAAUAAUAAUAAUCAACAAAAAGUUUUAGUAGAAAUUACAUUGUUUGAUUGAUACUCGCUCGAGAUAGAUAAGUCGGUGGGAACAAGAAACUCGCAUCUUCGUAGAAGCCAUAUCAUUUUUAUUGCAAGAAGAAAAAAAGUCAAGCGUAAUAAAUAUCACUGUCUGUUACUGUAAUGUAUAAAAAAAAUCGUAGAUAUACCUGUAUAUUACAGGCAUACAUAAAUCGCGGCAAUCGAAUUUAAAAGUCGAUGAAAUAUGAUGUUGUAAUAUCUACCGAUAGUGCAGUGCUUGCAUACAUCUACGGACGUACGUACUUAAUUUUUUACUCCAAUCACACGUCUCAUUUUUGAAGUAUAAAAUAGUCGAACACGUUGAAUCAUAGACUACCCGUCACCAAGCGGUGUACGUGUUUUUUUUUUUUGUUUUUUUGUUGUUUUUGCAGGCAGAACGGUUCGGGAUGUACUUACGUAUUUGAUUAUUAUGAUAUCGAGUUACCUUUUUACUACUGCGCAGGAUCUCAUUGUAUAGUAAUGAAAUAAGGAUAACAAGGACAUGCCUAGAUGCAAUUUAUUCGGCGUUUCAGACUGACGACGUUUAGAGAGAUUUUUGUACGCAAAUCACAACGGUAUCGUCACUGAAUUUUCUCCGCGCUUUCUCAGUCCCCGUUUUUACAAUUUGUUAUUUUCUGGUUAAAUGGACCACUGUAUAUACAUAUAUACGUUAUACAUGUACGAUAUAAUAUAAUACAAUAUACAUAUUAUUUGUAUGAUAUCGAUUGAAGGUAGUAAAAAUUGUGUAAUUUACCGAGAAAUUAUUAUUACCAUUUCGACCUGCCAUUUCGAGUGGUACACAGCGAUUAUAUAACGCUGAUUAUUACCACAGCUACGUUAUAGGUGCAUUUAAUAGUUUUACUAAACGCAAAACUCCGGCUCGCGAUAAAUUGCUGACCGUCACACAAACACGCGCGCACAUAUAUGCGUAAAAUGAACGUACUUGUACUUAAAAAUACUACACGUGGCGGGAAUUGAUUUCUCACGGUAAUAUUAAUUUUGCAAACACCGGGGUCCAAGUUUCGAACGCAACGACUAAAAACCACAUCGACCUCGUUCGCAAAAUUCAAUAGCAAAGAUAAUCUUGUUAACCAGUAUUAAAUCGUGGGUUAGGAGGUUAUUCCAAUGUUUAGCGCUAGGCCGAUAUACAUAAUUUCAUUGCACAUGUACAUUCAGCUUAGUACGUAUGUAAUUUGUAAGGAUUUAUUCGGAUUGAAAGAAUAUUAUGCGAAAAAAAGAAGUAGAAAAAAAAAAUUAGAUUAAUAUCAGUGGUGAAAUCUUGCUGCUAUUCACAAAAAAUAGAUGGAACAAUGCAAGAAUAAAAAAAAAAAAAACUUUUUUAUACAUCGGACAAAACUGAGGAACGAUUUAAAAGGUCGAUAAAUAGUCUACUCGAUUUAACUCAAUUGCAAAUCACGCUCACGGCGCUUCUGUCACGAGUCUCACGAAUCAGGAUGAGGAUUUGCGAAAGGCAAGAUUUUAAACUGGAAACUUUGAGUUUUGGCGAAUUGAUCAUUAAUCAUCUCGUGAUGUCAAAGUCUGUGAAACGCCUUCCGAGCAUUGGAUUAUGACAGAGAAAAUUCAAUUGCAAAAAUUCAUUCGCUAUUUACCCAUGCGAAAUACGAACUGCAUGUGACUCUUGUAUUUGCGAAGCGCCCAAAGUGUAACGCAUCCAUGAUAUUAAACACGCUGAUAUUCGUAUUGUAAUUUAUAAUAAUAUUAUUAGAUUAUUUAGAAUUAGAAAUAUAUUUGUUAUUAAUUGAUUUAUGAUUUAUUAUAAUAACUAGGGUAUUUUAUGUUAUUCUGUGAUAAAGUUUAGCUCUCGAUCAACAUAAACAUGUGAGAUUAUAUGCAACGUAUAAAUGUGUGUUAAUUCGUUAUAAUACUUUCGGUUUAUAGGAAUGUGUACGUGUAAAAUUUGUGCAGCUCAUCAUACAAUUGCAUAAUUAUGUCCUGAAAAUAGAACUCCUGUCACCUACAACGAGUGAGAUUCUCUGUGGGGAAAAUCGCUUGUCUGGACAUGCAAGUUUUUUGUUAAAUUUUUUUAUCUCUAUCAUUUGAGUUCGAUUGUUUCUCUACAUGUUGAUCUUCUAGAGAUGUAAUAAUAAUAAUAAUAACAAUACCAAUAAUACCAAUAAUAAUAAUAUUAACAAUAAUAUAGUAUUAAUAAUAAGCAACUAGCACGCCAGCUCAAAUCAUCUCAAAAUGUGCUUUUGGCAAAAUUGUAUGUCGAUUUUAAAUAAUUGUACUUAAAAGAAAAAAGGGUAAAGGAGAGUAGAGAAGCGACGAGAAGAAAAAAAUAGCAAAAUUUCAUUCUGGAAAGACUUUUGGAAUGUGAAAACAGUGCUCGGUUUGUUAAAAUAUUGAUUAUAUUGUCAAUGUGAAUAGAGCACUUGUAAUUUUUUGUAGAAAUUUUGUUUUAUAUCUGGUACAUUACCUCCUGCACGAUCACUCUUGGCUACAUAUCCGGAUACGUGUAGAUGUAAUAACGAUGAUCGACAGCGCAUCGCGUGUAUUAUGGAUAUGAGUAACGUCAUAUAUCUAUAUAUAUAUAUAUAUACAUGCAUAGGUACAUAGGUACACGUAUACGUAAGAUGUAACUGUUGCUAAAUUUUAUAAAUCUUAAAUAUCAUUGUAUGUUUGUAACCGUUAUUAUAACCAUAUAAAGCUAUAGGGAAUGCAAAUGGCGUUUAGUAUGGUCGAUACGUAUAUUUGAUAAGGAUUUUAAAUGUACUCGAAUAAAUUAGGCCUUUAAGUGGCACAUACUCCGAAGGCUGAAAUAAGCUAGGCUACACCACCCGCAAAAGAACGAGACUCGAAGCGCCGAAGCAGUUUACUGAUUUUACAGUGUCAUUCCUCAUCAAAUUGCUUCAAGAUAUUUUACCGGCAGGCGGGUGAGUAACAAGUAGACUUCAGCCUUGUCAAUUAUAAAUAAUAAAAUCCCAAUAAUUAUUGUGAAUCCUUUCCGUGAUUAGUGAUAAUUAUAUGAUGAAGGAAGCUCCGAAUAAAUCAUCAUCGAUAUUA